UUGCUUUCAGUGCGCUGCUGCCUCUCAGCGUACAGAGCAGCAGCUAGUGAAACAGACUGUCUGUAAAACAAGCCCCUUUUCUUUAUCAGUAUCGUGUAUUUAUUUCGGCUACAAUAACAUCUAUUUCGGAUAUUUCACUAGGAACGCCUGAGAGAGCCGGAGUAGAACCGAGGACCUGUGAGACUUCGGAGUUCUGUUCAACAAUCCAUUUGCUCUGCCAGUUCCUCCACUGCUGCUCUGCUGUUAGCCAUUUGCCAAGAGAGAAAAAUACCUGCGGUCCGAGGAAACAUGAGCUUUUUCUUUGGAAACCGUUCAUCCAAAACAUUCAAGCCCAAGAAGAAUAUCCCAGAGGGUUCUCAUCAGUAUGAGCUGUUGAAACACGCAGAGGCUACACUGGGAAGUGGAAACCUGCGCAUGGCAGUCAUGUUGCCUGAGGGGGAGGACUUAAAUGAGUGGGUCGCAGUCAACACUGUGGAUUUCUUCAACCAGAUCAACAUGCUGUAUGGCACCAUCACAGACUUUUGUACCGAGGAAAGCUGUCCAGUCAUGUCUGCCGGGCCUAAGUAUGAGUACCAUUGGGCUGAUGGAACCAACAUCAAGAAGCCCAUCAAAUGCUCCGCUCCCAAGUAUAUUGAUUACCUCAUGACCUGGGUGCAAGACCAGCUCGAUGAUGAGACACUUUUCCCUUCAAAGAUCGGCGUCCCCUUUAAGCGUAACUUUAUGUCUGUGGCGAAGACCAUUCUGAAGCGCCUGUUCAGAGUCUAUGCUCACAUCUACCACCAGCACUUUGACUCUGUCAUGCAGCUGCAGGAGGAGGCCCACCUCAACACAUCAUUCAAACACUUCAUCUUUUUUGUUCAGGAGUUCAACCUCAUUGACAGGAAAGAGCUGGUCCCACUACAGGAGCUGAUUGAAAAACUGACAACCAAGGAUAGAUAAACAGCAAUGUAAUUCUUAUUUUAUUGUUCUUCUAGUUUUUGCACAGAUACCCACCCCACCCUGGCUGUAUGUAUGCAGUAUAUACUAUAUUUCCAUGGGGAAAUGUUUUUAAUAAGGCCAGGCAGAAGGAAGGGUCUUGAUAGGUUUAAGGCACCAGGACUAAUGCUAUCAGGGAUUACGCUCUUAAUUGAACAAAACCACAGAUUAACAUUAGAGUAAAUGGUUUUAGCUGUAUGGAAAGAAAUCCCCAGUAUUCAGUCAUGGCUUCUAGGAUAAUAUAGACAUAUGUUCAUUAGUUUUCUAUUAUCUAUUAGACUACACAGAUGUUUUUUUUUUCUCUACUUGGGUUUAUGGCAACGCAAGACAUUUUCAUGAUAGAUUAAUAUUUUCAACUCACUCACAGGAAGGGGAAUAAUGUGUGAGCAGAGUUGCUGCAUCACAACGUGGUAUUGGUGUUGCGGCAAGAAUUAAAGCCAGCUUUCAAGCCGAUUCAACAGCAGUAGCUAGUUAUUUUAUUCAUUCACCUGCUUCGAAGGAUCUUGGUCUCGGUUUGCUACUGUUAACAUCUGUAACCGCUCAUUACAACAGAAUCCUAAGUGCCUAGCAUGGCUCAUAUUUGCCCUAUAUCAACAGUGAGAACUGUCAGAAGAUAAAGGCCAUAUACCGCUGACACGAUUAAACAGCAUUACAUUUUCAGCGUCAUCUUGCUUCUAAGUUUGUGGUUCUAAAUUCCUUCUUACACCUAUUUUCUCGUUGUACUGUAACUUGGUUAAAUUGAUUUUCUCUGUAAAACCAUACUAUCCCCCCAACUUUAUCUAUUUUUAGUUAGAAAGUCUCUUUGCCAAGUGUUCUGUGCAGGUUAUGAUAAAUGAAUGUGUUGAGGGACAUAGAAAUGAGGCUAGAAUAUUGUCAUGUCAUAGCAGGGACGAAAAUUUUUUUUAGCAUUGUCUAGUGACAUGUUUCUGUGUACUAGUUAUUUUUCCCAAAACUUUUAAGUAGAAACAGAUUUUAGGAUGAGUCUGCAAGGGAACUAAAACCUUAAAUUGUAUAUAAAUAUCUGCAACUAGAUGUAGAGACCUGUGUUUAAACUCCACUGUUUAAAAGAUACAAGCAUUUGGAAUUGGAUGAUGCUGCAUCCCUUGUUAUCUCACUAGCCAUAAAGCACUUUGAACAAUUUUCCUGACCUCUCUUGCCUGAAUGUUUAUUCUUCAUAGACCGUGCUUUGUGAGAAGCCGUAUCAUGUGACUGAUCAGAGUUUUUCUCCUCCCUCAUAUUUCCCCCAAUGAAUGUUGAAUGGCUUAACCUUCUCUGAAAUCAGCUAUAAGGCACAAGUCGGAUUUCUAAUGCUUUUAUAUGGUCUGGGUUGUUUGUCGCUGUGCUUCAAACAGCAGAUGCAUGUGCCCUUCCCUUAUCUCAAAGUGUAGUUUACUAUGCAAUAAUUGACACGACACUAAAAGGGUUACCAGUUGGCUCAUUUUACUUUAUAUCCAAUUUUAACCUUCCUUUAUAGUGCUUAAAUUUGGGUGUUUGAUGAAAAUGGAAUUGCUUCUCUGUCAGCUUUAGUUUCAAAACAGUGACAUGAACAUUUUAUAUCUGAAAUUUGUCAGAGGUGCAAUACUUGAAUGCACACGUGUAAAUACUGAGGGUUAGACCUAAUUUUCAGCAAGCAUGGAGUGGUAGCUUUUGGUUAAAUGAAUGCAUUGAGUCGUUUUAGAGGCUGCUUCCUCUCCUCCAUUUGGAUAUUAAAAUGUUGUUUUAAUUGUUCAGUAUCUUUUUUUUUUCUCCACUUCCUUAGCAAACUAUUAUGAAUGUUACUGCUCACCAGAUAUCUGAAAAUGUAAUAGAAAAUCAGUCAUCCUGAGAGCAUCUCAUCCUUAUGAAAUGCCCAUAACAUAGACUAUUGCCUACAGUUUUUCCUCCUUGACUGUAAUAAUUGAUGAAAUGUUUGUAAAUAAUGGCUUGGUUGGGGUUUUCAAUGCUACUGAAUUGAUUUAUGCUGUUUACAAGGCAAAUAAAGGUGGUCUUGACUCUU